AUGAUUUCAAGAAUAAUUGUCCUGGGAGGAUUGGCUUCUUUUGCCUAUACAAAUUCAGUUGUGAAUCAACAUAUGCUAGAUGAGAUAAGAUCAGCAAAUGCCAUGUGGGAGCCAGCAGAAUUAAAUGAUAACGCUUUUGCAAACUACACAGAUGAAGAGUUAUCCACUCUUUUAGGAGCCGCAAUCGGUGAUGUAUCUGAAUUUUCAGACGUUCAUGCUUUGGAAGCUGUACCAACAUCCUUUGACUCGAGGACAAGGUGGGGAGACUGCAUUCAUCCCAUUAGAAACUAAGCUAGGUGCGGAUCAUGUUGGGCGUUUGGAGCUUCUGAGGCUCUGUCUGAUAGAUUCUGCAUUCAUUCCAAAGGGAAUGUACAUGGAGUGCUUUCAGCUCAGGAUUUAGUAUCUUGUAAUAAGGCCAAUCAUGCUUGCAAUGGAGGAUGGCUUGACAAGGCUUGGAAGUAUUUUGAAGCCAAUGGCAUACCUUCUGAAGACUGUGAGCCAUACAAGUCGAGCGGUGGUAAAGUGCCUUAAUGCCCCGCUGCUUGUGCCAAUGGCUAGAAAAUGAGAAGAUAUAAGUGUGUAGCAGGCUCAACCAAAGUAGCCAGAGGAGCCGAUGCCACUAAAGCUCUGAUCUAUAGUUCAGGGCCAGUAGAAACUGCAUUCACUGUCUAUUCAGACUUCUUCAGCUACAGAAGUGGAAUCUACCACCAUGUCAAGGGUCCUGCCAAGGGAGGUCAUGCUGUCAAGAUAAUUGGAUGGGGAGUUCAAGGAUAAGAGAAGUAUUGGAUUGUCGCUAACUCAUGGGGAGCUGGCUGGGGAAUGAAAGGGUUUUUCCACAUCAGAGAAAAUGACUCAGGAAUUAAUUCUGCAACAUUUGGCUGUACACCUGAUCUCAAGCAAUUAGAGUUUUAUGAAUGA